UCUGCACAUAUUUGACCUAAUUUGUGCUGCAAGUGCCGCAAGGCGCUUAUUAAAACUAAACAAUGCUAUGCAAAUGUGUUGGUGCCUUGAGAACAUAAUGUGUAUCUCGUCUAUUUUCACGUUCUUUCAUUGUAACAUCGUAUUAAUUUCUUGUGUUUUCAGGGCUUUUUUCUUCGCAGUUUGGCGCGAACUGAGCCUUACGCCUGCAUAGGAACUGGCCACUGUAAUAUUGGACCAGAGACAAAGCGGAGGAAAAGCUGUCAGAAAUGUCGCUACGACAAAUGCCUUAGGCUCGGGAUGUCCAAAGAUGCAAUCAAAAUUGGACGCUACACGUACUCCAAGCGUACUCAAGACACGAUAGAGCUAAACAAAAUACGUGGGGGUAAAAGUUUGACUCAGGUUGAGAACAAUAGGGCCUCUAAAUUCUUGGGAGGCGAUGACUCCGGGAGUGGGAGUGAUGGAGGAAAAGGGAGUGAGCUGUCGUUUAGUGCUCGUCAAGAUCACGACUCACCCAGUAGGGUGAAGAGCAUCCUCUCGAGUGGCUGUUAUGAGAAAAGAAAUGAAGGGCAGUCACCCCUAAUGAGACGACAUGGAACCUUUGUCGACAGUGAUUUUGGAAAGGAAACACAUGGCAAAAGAAUAAAACAGUGUUUUGAGAGUGGUGUGAAUUUUGAGAAACUACUUGAAAGUCCGAAAGUUUCAGCGUGUUCUCAAGACUUCACCUCUGAUGGUCGCGAUCUGUCUACUUUCCUUACCAACGGAAACGGCCAUGACCUACUAGGUUUGCUUUCGUCGAAACAAUCAGAAUUUGCUCAAAGUUGUCGUUCUACGGAAGACAGCGACCUCUGGGACAAAGGCUGCAACCAACAUCCGAUUAACCUAGGUAUCACUCCUACAGAGUGCCACAUGGCUGCCCAGAGCCGGUCUCCUUUGCUGGGGGAGCCGUCGAGGACCACGGCUGGGGUGACUGGUUCACCGUCGUUGGAUCUUGAAAACAUUUUUAAAACAACCCACAGUUUUGGACCUUUGUCGUCACUCUUACAAAACCCAGGUUCCAUCAAGGGGGCAGAGCAGAGUGUGAGAUCGCCAAACGAGCCCUUCGGAAACUACGGAUGUGCUAUCGACCCCAGUACACGUCCAUCCAGUGACAACGCCCAUUUCAAUCAUCCUGCAUCCAUAUCGGGCAGAGCUCAAAAUGAAUUGGAAUCUCGGUUUAAUUCUGGAGACACUUUUAAGUCAAACGAGCUCUGCCCUAAUAGACUCGAUUUGACCAGUGUUAGUUCCGGCAUUAAUUUAGGGACCAAGAAAACUGCUAGGGCCUGCUACACUAACAGAAUGUUUCAGGAAAAUCAAGAACUGGUUCAAAGCAAUGCAGAUGACCUCCUUCCCUUAUCACGUGUCCUUUCAGAGUCUAUCGCUGGUGGACAAGACAUUUUUUCUGACCACGCUCCAAUUGACUCAAAAUUGAGCCCAGCCACUGCUGGUUUCUUAGAAGACAUCUCAGAUUGUGGCGAGAAUGACCAUUCGGUAAAUGUACUUUUUGGCCAAAAGCCCAUGGCUGCCAAGUUCACUUUGCCGUCGUUUCUCUUACAGUCGUUGUCAGAAAAGGGUAUCUCAUUGGUUGAAAUUGGUUCCGGUGUUCGUUUGCUCGAAGUCCUCGAGAACGAGUUGAAACAGGAGGCGUUCAGCGGCAAAGAGUUUCAGCCUUUGUCACAGCUUAUCAACGCUUAUAAACUUAGCGGUCAGUGUGAAGAUGUCAGCGUUGAGAUUGGACCAUCGAUUUACUGCGAAUCAAAAGCAGCUGGAGCCGGGAAAAAUUUGACCUACGACGGGGCUCGAAACUUUGGAGCUCAAGGGCAAAUCAAGCAAGACAUAAGUGGUUUUCCAAGCGUUGACGAUUUCAUCGGUUCAGAAGAUUUUGACGAUGAUGUCAUCAAAGACAUGGGAAAGGUUCAAGAGGUUAUAAAGCUUUACGAGGAGAGAAAGAGGGCCUUCAUCAACACCGGGAAAUGGGCGCUGGGUCUGGACAACGAUCAUGACUCCGGGUACGACGAAUCCUUGAGCUCGUUUCGCCGAAGGAGUUCCGAGGAAGCGGCUGACCUUAGUAUAAAGGACUUCGAUUCCAACUCCAUUCUGGAGAGCGUACUGGACACCUCGCCGUGGCAAACGCCAGGGAGUGACUGUCGCUCUCCCUCAGGGAAAGUACUCAACGUCACAGCCUGUAGACCGCCAAAUAUUGCACCUGGGUCUCCAAAGUUGAGCGGUAAAAGUUGUGCUUUUUCAAUGUCAAGUCUUUGUGAUAAGAUUGGCACUGAGCCCCUUGACAAUAUAGUCAAAGGAUCACCUCCCCCGAAAAUUCAGUGUCCACUAAUAGACCCGCAUUUUUCUGAGAGUGAGCUGGAUAGUAUAAUAGAGCAUCUGGUGAACUUCCAUGAGGAAAAUGUUAUUGACAACAACGGCUUUAAUGAGGAACAGAUGCGGGAAAAAAGCGAUUCUUUUUACCAUGAGUACUGUCUGCAUGAGAAGACGUUCGGGGAACUGAAAGCCCUAGACAGAAACUUGUAUUUUGAGAUCUACAAGUCCACGGGCUUAGAUGUUGAUGGUCGGGGUCGACUUAUAGUCAACUUCCUCUGUGGUAUCCACAAUGAACUAUCGGCCGCCAUCAAAUUCUUCAAGCAAAUUCCUGGGUUCAGAGACUUAUCCAUAAAAGAUCAGAUCGUUCUCGUUAAAGGAUGUUCACACGAGUUUUACAUUCUGGGAUUGUACAGAGGCUGGAAUGACGUCACCCGUCUAAUGACUUUCAUUCCACUCGGGGUCACGAUGAGUGAACAAGAUAUGAGGAAAAUGUUCACAGAGAAGGCGUUGGCGAGGCACAUACAAAUGUCGACAGCUCUACAGAAGCUCAACAUGACCUUCGAGCAAAUUGUUGUCUUCAAGGCCAUUGUUGCUGUAUCGCCUGGUGAGUACCUCAUUCACAGGCCAAAAGUUGUGAUGAAGAUUCGGGACUUUAUUAAUCCGUCAUGA